AUGAUAUCAUCACCAGGAUUGUUAUUAAGACAAGCAGUAUUAAAUAGUAAACCAUUACAAAUUGUUGGAACUAUUAAUGCAUAUUCAGCAAUUCUAGCAGAGAAAACUGGAUAUAAAGCAAUCUAUUUAAGUGGGGGUGGAGUUGCAGCAGCAUCAUUUGGUUUGCCAGAUUUAGGCAUAACAACAUUAAACGAUGUUGUUGAAGAUAUAAGAAGAAUAACAAGGGUUACAAAAUUACCUAUUUUGGUAGAUGCAGAUACAGGAUUUGGAAAUAGUGCAUUCAAUAUUGCUAGGACGAUACAAGAGUUUGAAUUGGCUGGUGCUGCAGGAUGCCAUAUAGAAGAUCAAGUAUCUGCUAAACGUUGUGGACAUAGACCUGGUAAACAGAUUGUUAGUUUGGAGGAGAUGGUAGAUAGAAUUAAAGCUGCUGUUGCUGCUAGAAAAGAUCCAAACUUUGUUAUUAUGGCAAGAACUGAUGCUUUGGCAAAUGAGGGUAUUGAUUCUGCAAUUAAAAGAUCAAAAGCCUAUAUAGAGGCUGGUGCUGAUAUGUUGUUCCCAGAGGCUCUAACUGAAUUAUCACAAUAUGAAUUGUUUUCAAAAAAUUUACCAAAUAUACCAAUCUUAGCAAAUAUAACAGAGUUUGGAAAAACACCAUUAUUUAAAACUGAAGAAUUACACAAAGCCGGAGUUUCAAUCGUUUUAUAUCCAUUAAGUGGAUUUAGAGCUGCUUCCGCUGCUACAUUAAAUGUAUACAAAACAAUUUUAAAUGAAGGUACACAAGAAUCAGUAGUUUCAACAAUGCAACCAAGAAUGGAAUUAUAUCAAUAUUUAGAUUAUUUUAAAUAUGAAAACGAAUUGGAUAAAUUAUUUGGAACACAAAAUAAUAAAGAUGAAAAAUAAAAUACAAAAUAAAUAAAAUUAAAUUAAAACUAAAAAUAAAGAACUAUAUCCAAUUUUGUUUUUAUUUU